CAACUGCAAACUUGACAUUAACUUUGGGUGUCACUUUACGUUUUCGAUUUUUAUUUAUUAAAUUUAAAACAAAUUGUUGAGCGAUUUGUUAAAUUCAAGUGAUUUCUGAUUAAUCGCUCAAGAUGAUUGCCUUAAUGAACAGGAUAUUAGACUGGUUUAAAAGUCUCUUUUGGAAGGAAGAAAUGGAAUUAACUUUGGUUGGACUGCAGUAUUCAGGAAAAACAACCUUUGUUAAUGUUAUUGCUUCGGGUCAAUUCAGUGAAGACAUGAUUCCAACAGUUGGCUUCAACAUGAGGAAAAUUACCAAGGGCAAUGUAACCAUUAAAGUGUGGGACAUCGGAGGCCAGCCUAGGUUUAGAUCGAUGUGGGAACGUUAUUGUAGAGGAGUGAAUGCCAUCGUGUAUAUGGUAGAUGCGGCAGAUCCUGAUAAAAUUGAGGCUUCUAGAAAUGAAUUGCAUAAUUUAUUGGACAAACCUCAGUUAGCCGGUAUUCCUGUGUUAGUCUUGGGCAAUAAAAGAGAUAAGCCCCAAGCUCUAGACGAAAAUGGCCUUAUUGAAAGAAUGAAUCUCUCUGCUAUACAAGACCGUGAGAUCUGCUGUUAUUCGAUAUCUUGUAAAGAAAAAGACAACAUUGAUAUAACUUUGCAAUGGUUGAUCGCGCACUCCAAAUCUGGUAUGCGUUAAAUUACUAAAACAAUUGUAGUAUAUACAAAAAGUCAACUUUAAGGAUACACACUACCUACUACUAUACAAAGUAAACAUAUUUUUCGUUGAACUUGGUCAGUGGAGGUUGUAAUUUUGAUAGUAUCCAAUGUGGCAGUUGCAAUUUGUGUUUCAAGGUGGUUUGUUUCAUUUUACAGUCCACAAUUAACAACACAAUUAACAAUUAGUAAUUUUGAAAGAUUACAUUACAUCCCACCAGUCUUUCAUUUAAAUUAUUUUUUUAAUUGUCCUACCGCUACCUUCUACAGUGGUACUUAUCAUAACUAGUUUAAGCUUCUAUGUUUUAUUUGUUAGUUAAAUCGAUUAAAACAUAGCCUCUCUGAACCUUAGUUAUUAAUUGUGAAAAAACAUCACCUUACUUUACGUAGUAUACCUCAAACUAAUUAUUCUAAAAAUGUGCAACAAACCACUAAAAAAUGAUCACAGUGUCCCAAAUAGCUUAAAGUAAAGUACACAUAUAUGCAUUCGCAAUUAUGACGAUAUUGAUGACGUAGUAAAGAAAUGGUUGAGCACAGAUGUCACAGAUUUUGACGAAAAACGUUUUUUUGCAAAGAGUAGCGAGUGUUUUUCCCUUUAAGGCAAUAUGUUAUUGAUUUAAAAGACUAAAAAUCUUAAUAUUGAUUCAUCUAUCGCAUUCAAUGAUUCUAAUUACACUUAAUGUAUACGUUUGCCUCGUAGCAUGAUCGUGAUAAUAGUAGCGAUUACGUAUAUGCAUUCAACAGACUAAGCGUACAUUUGAACGUUUGUCUCUUAUUUGCAACAAAGGGUUGUCUUUUUAGUUUUGCAUAUAGCCAUAAAGACAAAAAAUGUGUAGACUUAAAGUACUUUAUUGCUUUUCAAAAUAUGUCUCACCAAGAUCGAUACACUAAAUUAGGCCAGUCUUCAGUUGACACUUGCAAAAUCGCUGUUUUAAAGGCAUUAUGGUGGUACGGGGGUUGCAACCGCCGAUGAUGGGGUUGAUUAAGUUAAAACACUAAUUACCGGAAUACAUUUAUUUAAGUUACCAUGUACGACAGUAAAUAGUUGGUGUAAGGGAUGGAAACGUCUAUACUCUAACCACGUCGGUUUUUGAAUAAUGAAUAAUCUCUUUCUUUACUUUCUACGUGUCUAUAAAUAAAUCCCAAUUGUUUGUUAUGAUUGACCAUACUUGAAUGUGACCGUGAAUUAGUAAUAGCAGUGUAAUUGCUGACUUCGGUGUUUUCAAAAUGCGUGGCCUAGAUUACAAAACCAAUGUCACUCAUUUACGAAAUCCAAACAAUGCAUGUAAAUAAUAUUUGCUUAAGACCUUUAAAAAAUUAAAUCGAUAUGGAUUAACUCUUAUUUUUUGGAUACUAAUAUAAAUCCUUUACAUGGAUGGCUGCUUCUUGCGACUGUAAUCGCUGCAUUGAAUUUUUGAUGUUUGGGAACGUGAAUAAGUCGUUGUGACUUAGGUCGGGGCUAAACGGUGGAUGGUUUAACAAUUCGAUGUUUUGAAGCUCCAAAAACUCUAUUGUCUUUUGGACAGUGUGAGAACUUGCAUUGUCCUGAUGUAGGAUGGUUCGGCGUUGUAUGUUGCUUUGUCAAAGUUUCGCAAUAACUUCUGGUAAACAAACGGUUAUAUAGGUACCAAUCAGAAGUAACUGUUCUUUGAUCUCCUAAAGCAGUGGUUCCCAACCUUUUAUGUCUGGCGACCCACCUUCCGAUGUUUUUUCACAUUCGCGACCCAUCCCUCAGCCAUGAUGAUAGAAAAAAAUAAAGAACAUGGUCACUGUACGCUACUCAGCUACUGUAAGAGUCACGCCGCGACCCACCUGAAAUCCGCCAGCGACCCACCUGAAAUCCGCCCGCGACCCACUAGUGGGUCGCGACCCACCGGUUGGGAACCACUGUCCUAAAGCAAUUGUUGCCCCAUGACCAGAUUUUGACACAAAAGUUGCAACCAUUAUCUUCGACACACUUCGAGAACGGAUCAGUGGUGUUUGUUUUUCCUCAUCGAGGAACACCCACACAGUGGAUUGGUGUUUAUUUUCCGGUUCGUGGGAGUAAAUCCAAAAUUCAUCGCCACUAACAGUACUAUAAACGUCUUUUGAGCUUCGUUUGUUGAACCGUUCCAAUGUUUUUCGACACAAAUUGACGUGAACCGAUUUUUGCUCUUUUGUGAGCAAAUGAGACAUCCAACGGGAAACCAACUUCGUAACACCCAGUUCUUCAUGUAGGAUCUAUUGGAUCGAGGUCUUUGAAAUGUACAAAGAUGCCUCUAUUUCCCGGUAUGUUAAACGACGGUCAUCCUUAAUUAGGUGACGAACCGCAUCAAUGUUUUGCUGUGUGAUUGUUGUUUUGGGUGGACCUGGCCUGUAUUCGUCGCUGAGAGUUGAGAGAUCACGUUAAAAUUCGCAAUAUCAGCGGGAAAUAGUUGACUGGUGUCAUGCUUCAUUCCCAAACACAGAAACCAUUUCAGCGAGACAUUGCUGUUGGGAUAAUCCUCUCCUAAAAUUGUAAAAAAUUAUUGCUCGAAAAUGUUCUCGGCUAAGAUCCAUUUUUCGACUAACUUGCUAAUUUCAAAAAUUCACUGUAUCUACACGACUAUCGCAAUGAAACUCUGGAUUUAUAUCAACAAAAGAUUGAGGUUACUUUGUGGCGUCCUCUAAGCGGCUAUAUGCAAAACUAAAAAGACAAACCUCGUAGCAUGAUCGUGAUAAUAGUGGCGAUUGCGUAUAUGCUUCUUUCAACAGAAUAAGCGUACUUUUGAACGACUUUUGUCUCUUAUUUGUAACAAACGACGGUAGUACCUUGUAAAUUUAAAGCACAAAACUGGUCUUAGAUGAACCUUACAAUUUUAGCUCAAGUGAAGUAGGCUUUCACAAAUCAAUCUAAUUUGUUGUUUUCAAAUUUGAAUGAUUCGAUAAGUUUGUUGUAAAUAUGCAUAAAAUAUUAUGUCUAAGGAUUACACAAGCAGCUACACAAAGAAAAUAACUAAACUAAUGACAAGAAAACGGUCCAUCCAACUGUUUUCUUAAUUUGAUGCUAUUGAAUUUUUUCAUAAACCACUAAUUUAGUGGACUUUUUUUAUUUGAUGGAUCAACGAUUGAGUUAGUAAGUUGUAUGGUUUUUUUUAGUUGAAUUUUUUUCCAUACAAUAUUCAACUUUAAUCUAGUUUAAUGGAAGUAACUCCUUUUAGCUUAUAUCACUAACAAUAGUAAUCUAGAACCUAAUUCACGCUGUAGUCCUAAUAGUGCGAAAGAUUUUUGUGUUAUAUUUAAAUACUUAUUGUCACGUACAAUGGCCUGAAUGAGUAAAAAGGAUGCCCAGAAGUUUGGCGCUGUCUCUGUUAACCUAAAAAUAAAACCCAGGGAGGUCUUCUCUUUGAAUUUAAGGUAAACUAAGAAACCCUUUCAAGGAUUUUGAAGGACACAACGGCGAGGAGAUACUGAACCAGUUUAUUUAAAACAGAAUCAUACUAACUGAAACGAAAUUAGAUUUUAAAAAGUUAACUAAACAAAACGGGCGCCCCUUAUCUUUUUUCUGAGAGACAUGAAUUACUCGAGGAUCUUAGAUGUUAAAGGAUUCGUAAAAAAUUACAAAAAAAAACCGGAAGGAUAAAUAAGCAUUUAGAUUAUGUUUAUGCUGCGUUCGAAAAUGUUAAAUAAAACAUUAGGAAAUUUAUUUGAUAUACAGAGUGGACAAACAGUGCUGCAAUAUUUCGAAUGUAACAAAGAUAGGUAAAUUCGUCGUAUGAAAUUAAUGCAACAUUCUUAUUUCAUCAUCGUAAUGACAAGCAUGAAAAUAAAAAUGUAAGUUAAACAAUUACUGAGAAUUGAACUACGUGUAACAAUCGUCCCAUUGAUGUAGAAUGGGAAUCUUUUAUUGCAUUGAGUUUUUCUAGGUCAGAGAUCCUUCGUUUGUAACUUUCUCUGUAGCCAUAAACUUAUACGAUAAUAGUAUAUGAUGCAACGAGCAUUUAAUGAUGGUCAUUAUUAUGAUGCGAGUAUGACGGAUACGACACGAGCCGCGAAGCGGCAAGUUUCAUAUAGAAUACGAGCAUCAUAAUGACAAUGUAAUGCACGUUGUAUGCAGGAUUUUUUCUAUCAUCAUUCACAACAAAAAAAUAUAUUCAAAUUUAUUUUGUAACACAAACAAAUUAUGUAGUUAAUUAAUUAUUUUGUUGAUACAUUUAUGUUCUGAAUAUUACAAUUAUUAGAAUGAAUUUAAGGUUAAAUUUUCAAUAUAUUUAUCGUAUCAAAGCGUAUACAUUUGAAUUGACAUUUUUCAUUGCGCAAGCGCCACCUUUGAGACAGAGUUUCUAUUGGUUAAAAAACUAUUGAACGUCGAAACGUUAAUAAAAUCAUUUUUUUUUUUUUUAGUUAAAUUGUGGCUCUUUUCCCAUUUAGAAUAGUUGGUUAAAAAUCUGUAUCGUAAUGAAAAUCUGUCAUGAUGAAGCCCAUUUUGAUACCUUAUUAAAUUCAUAAUUGAUAUAUUAAGGUAUGAGAAUAGUCUUGUAUAAAUAUCUAUGUGCAAGAACAACCAUAGCCUUAAAAAUAAAUAAUCAAAUAGAAAGAGAAAACAGAAAAGAAAAAAUAAAAAACGUAUUUCGAUCGGAUCAUUGGCUUAUAAAAAAUUUUAAGAAAAUUAUUUAAGAAUUAUUUAUAUUUAAGAAAAAUUUUGGAUGGUUCGUUUUUUUUUAGUUUGAGUUUAAGAAAAAUUCACACAGUUAAUUAUUAUAUGUUUACACCUUGUAUGAACUGAAACGGAUAACUUAAGACUUAAACCAGACUGUGCCGAUUGUGGAAUACAAAAUAUGUUGACUUUGAUCGAGUUUUGGUUUUUAGGUUGAACAUAUUGAUUUGGACCAGUUUUCAACUUGUACUGAAAUAUUUUAGAUCGUAAAAGGGUAUUUGAACUAAAAGCCAAAACUUAAGGGGUCCGUACACUCAAUUCAAUAGAUAUGUUAGUACUAUAAAGCUAUAUAUGCGUAAAACAAGAGUCAAAAAGAUUAGAAAGCAUGAAAUAAGAAGUUAACGUUUGAUUUCAAGUAAUCGAAUGAACGAUCUUUCAAUAAAGUCGUCCCAGGAACGCCACUCAUAAAUAUUGGCAAUACCAGUUUAAAGUCAUCUACUUUAAAAUGUAUAAUAUAUGUCUGAAUUGUGUAUAUGAAUGAGACGGAUAAAAUUAAAUUAUUAGAAGAUAUUUUUUAUCAAGUAACAAAAACAGUAUAUGUGUUUAAUUUGUUAAAGUUUUGUAUUUUGAUAACGAUUUCCAAAGUCGAAAUAGAAACAUCAAAUAAAUUUAAUUUCAAAGUAAAAUUGUGGCUUAUUCCCAAUUAAAAUAGUAAAGUAUAUUAAAAUGCCACAAUAAAAUAGCUUCAGAACAAUAAUAUGGAAUUAGAAACAAUACAGAGACAAUGUCAGAAGUAUUUAUUUCAUACCAUGAUGAUGAUUUUUGUUUUACGUUGAACUGUUUUUAAAUUUUGUUUUCUUUUUUGCAAUAAGCGAUCUUCAAGAAUACGUAGUACUGACUUCUGUGCACUAUAACUAUUUGAUUUGCCUUUUAAAAUAAACUGCGAGGCGAAGUCAGGGAUAUAGAAAAUUAUGAUCAUUUUCAUAGUUGAUUUUUUCGUAAACAGAUUAACGGAUUCCGUUAAUUUUUUUAUUAUUUUAGAUUUUUCUUUAGUAUUUACACAAUUGUGCAAAGGUUUACUCAAACUUCUUUUUUAUACUUAUACCGGGUGGAGGAAAAGAAUGUUUUUUUAUGUUAAGUUUGAGACACCCUGUAGGGAGGAAAAGGUACAAAUGUGAGUACAGUCAAACCUGCCAUAUCCGGAUCAAUGUGGCGACAGACUGAUCCGGAUAUGAAAAAAUCCGGAUAUCAAGACCACUACUUCUUUUAUAGUCUCUGAAACGUUUUCUCCUUCAUACAUUCCAGUAAUCAACGCGUCAAUACCUUUCGUCGAAAGACACGUUUUAUAGAUUCUAUAAUACAUUAUUUCGCCAUCUUUUAGUUCUUCUUUUAGUGCGUUGUCCAACAGCAGGACUGCCUUUCUCGGUAGAUCCGGACGGCGCAGAACCGUCCGGAUAUGGGGAGGUCCGGAUAUGACAGGUUGUACUGUACAUCGUAAUCGUAUUUUAGUUAUAUGUUUUGUGAACAUUUUGUUUUUUGAAUGUCUUUGAUAUCUUUAGAAACAAAGACAAUAGACGGUUUUGUAGUUUAACAUGUGUUUUAACCGAAACAAAAGUUUGAUACACCCUGUAGGAAGGAAAAUGUACAAAGGUGGGUCAAAGGCGAAAAAGAUGUAAAAUAAUUUUAAAAAAAUUAGCCGAAUCCGUUAAUCUGUUCACGAAAAAAUCAACUAUGAAAAUGAGCAUAAUUUUCUAUAUCCCUAACUUAUGUCUCGCAGUAUAUAUAUUAUAUAUAUUUCUGCGUUUUGGAUUAGUUGUCCAAACUAGAAUUUUGAGUUUAUGGGCCCUUUGCCAAACACUUUAGGAUAUAUUCACUUGCUGAUGAUUGUAGAACGUAAGUUAAUAUAAUAAAUUCAAAAUAAUGAAAAUUAAUGAGUACCAAAAGCAUGGCACUGUAAAUAUAAUUAGUAAAAUUGUGUAUUAUGUGUUAAAAAGAAAAAAAUUAGUUUCGCCGUUGUUAAAUUGUAUGUACAUGUUUGACUUUUUAACAUAGUGGACUUUUUUUAUUCAAGUUUAAGAAUACGUCGAUAAAAUUUUUAAUGUAGAUCUGUUUUUUCUAGAAAGAAAGUGUACAUUUAAAAUACCACAGGUAAAUCAGAGUAAAAGUUAAGAAAUAGAUGUAAAGUAUAGAAAAAUAACGUUAAAUAGUGUUUUUAAACACACUCUUACAAUUGAAUAGUUUAACCAAAAAACAUAUGGCGUUUUAUGAUUAGUUUUGUAUAUUUUAACCCUGACUUAUAAUAACUAGUAAUCAUCGUGACAUUUGAAAUACAAUUUUUAAAUAAUGAUAAACUGAUAUUGUAUUUUACGUCAUACUAAUAGCACACUUUUUGGAUUAGACAGUCAUUAAGACAAAAACAGUUUUUGAUGGCUUAGUAAUAACUAAAUAUUAAUAGUAUAAACGCUGUAGUUGAAUUCGCAUAUAACUGUCAAUUUAAGUAUCCAAGCAACAUAAUUUGCAUUAAUGUACUCUGUCCCUGGCUUCUUUGCACAUGCGUCAUAUUCAAUUUAUACGUUCAAACAGUUAACAUCUAAUGUCUAUCGUGACUGUAGGAAUAGGACUUUUCAUUACAAAAGAGUGUCAGCCAUUUUUUUCGUAAACAAAUAUGUUAGGUUAGGUUAGUUAAACAGUUAUGAGCGUGCUAAUAACGCAAAAGAUGGAAAACAUAUUAAGUUAUGAGAUAAAAAGAAAUAAAACUAGUAGAAUUAUGAAAUUUAGCGAUGAAAACCUAUAAAUUUACAUUAUAUUUAUUGUUUUUCAUCUUAUAGAUAGGUGUAUCAGAGGAGUAUUCAACUAAAAUUAUCACAGUUACAGUGGCAGUUGCCAAACUCGUCCGAUACGUCUAAAGGUGGGAAACAAUAAAUAGAAUGUAAAUUUAUAGGUUUUUACCGCUAAAUUUCCGAACUCUACUAGUAUCAUUUCUUUUGUUUUCCAUCUUUUGCGUUAUUUUGCCGGUUAUUAGCGCGCUCAUCACUGUAUAGCGGGCGGGCUAGAUCAGGUGGUAGAUGUCUGAUUUCCACGCAGGUAGGCCGGAGAUCGAAAUCCAAUGCCGACGAGAACAUCUAGACAUUUUUAAAAAUGUCUAUAGGCCCCAGGUCGACUCGGCCUGAAUAAAAUGAGUAUCUUGGGUAAACCCAGGGGUAAUAAUAGGCGGUUGAAACGUAGCACUGACCCUGUUACCUUCCUUGUAUAGCGUAGGCCCUAGAUAUAUCAGACUACCCUGCUAUAAUCCCAAAGCCGCGUUAGAGAUAUAAAACGGGAGACUAUUAUUAUUAGGUUAGUUAUAUAAAUAACAAUAAAGUGCAUCUGAACAUAUAAUAUCGCAUCUGUAGGAAAAGGAACAACUAAAUGGUGUCGUUAUGAAAUAUAUAACAGUGAUAUACACUGUAAAUAUUUUAAAGACAAUACAUAUUAUUUUUUAAAUGAAUUACUUCAUAAACAAUCUCGUGCUAUAAGUACCUACAAUAUUUUAUUGUAUUAAAUACUAUUCAGUACAUGCAUUUGUCAUAACAUAAUACUGUCUAUGAUUUUAUUGAUUAAAUACCAUAAUGAUGUUGCUAAAUUAGCACCUAUAUUUCGGCAAUUAAUUAAAAUCGGUUGACAUAAUUAAUUACAAUAAAAAAUUAUAUAAAUAAUUAUUUGAACAGUAAACAACUAAUGGUGCAUAACCUCUCAAUUGAUUAGAACUGUACGAAAAACACGGCGACUGCGCAUGCGCUCGUCAUUUGAUCAAAAGGCAUACUAGGAUUGUGACUGACUUGAGUGGCACAUAGACAUAAUAAGAAUUGUCUAGGUAAGGUAUGUGCCGGUCUAUCAAUAGAGGUAGAAACGUCAAUAUUCACUUUGAAGUGAUCUUUGUGGGGUGGAGCUUUCUGUGUCUGUGACACGCACGUGUAAAGAGAGAUAGAGAGACCACCAAAUUGAGUUCCCCGCGUUUCACUAUUUUGCUCACGAUGUCUUGUCUAUUCUUAUUCUGUCUAUGGAGUGGCAAGUGUCAAUGCGAAUGCAAAAUGUGAACGUAACUGUCAACGGACUUUCUGAUUUAUUACAAAUCUUCAUUAGGGCUUCCGUUAUAAAAUUUACGAUUAAACAGCCCCAGGCCAAUUAGAUCACUUAGUAUUAUUCACACAGAAAUAAUUAUAAAGAUCAUAAAUAAAGGUAAUAACACGACGAGAUCCAGAAUACCGAUAUGUUAGCUAACUGAAUUGAGCAAAAGAACAAGAAUUGACAUAAAAAUGUUUAAAUUAAGAACUAGUAUUGACAUAAAUAUUAGUUAAUUAAUAAGCAUUAAUUGAAUACAUAAAUAUUAAAAUUGUCUUUAGAUACUGGUAGAAUUAUUUUUGAAAAAAAAAUAUAAGUUCAAGGUACUAAGAUUCAUUUAAAAUUUGAGUAGGUAAACAUUUUCAAAACUUCCAAGAAGACAGUAGGUGAAUUAUCCACCAUCCCUCACGAUAACGCUGUCUUUGUUUGAUGUACAAUAUAUUCAAGAAUAACUUCAUGUAUAUGCAAAGAACCGGGGAUAGACUAUUACUAUACCUUUUGUACUUUUCAGCCAUCUAGUUUAGAUAUUUGUCAUUUUCGAUUUCUUCAGUAGCAAGUUUUUUUUGCUUUUAACAAGUGUAUAUGCCUUCGAAACGCCUUAUUAGAAUAUAGGCUUUAGGUAAUAAACAUCUACCAGGUAUAUCCUUGAUACAUACUUAAUUAAUUUAUUUAGAAAAAACUAAAAAAAACUAUUUUUUGAAUAUUAAUUGAAAAUGGUUAUUCAUUUUUAAUUUAUUUAGAAUUUUAAGAAAUUUUUGUAUACAGUGAUGAGUGCGCGAAUAACUGGCAAAAUAACGGAAAAGACAGAAAACAUAAUAUGUUAUGAAAUAAAAAGAGAUGAAACUAGUAGAGGUGGGAGAUUAUCAAUAGAAAACUAUAAAUUUACAUUAUUUUGGUAGUUUCACACCUUUAAACGUAUCGGAGUCAAACUGUCACAGGAGAAUUUUAUAAAGGCGGUAUUUACGAAUCUCAUUGAUAGAUCACAUUAAUACAUCACAAAAAAUUGUCGGCCAUGAUGGCAAGUUGCUUUGUGUACUUGUUUUUGGUACUCGUUGUAGGUAUUACACGAUGCUGGUUUUAUAUUUGGGUGAAAGUUAAAAAUUAUAAAGAAAGCCUGUAAUAUAUUUGUUGCUUAAUAGUCUUACGAAAAUUCAGUGAUUUAGAAAGAACUGUAAGAUUUUUUAGUGUAGUCUUAACAUAUAUUUAUUUCUAUAUGUCUAUGUUAUAAUAUUAAUUACGCUGAUUAAUAUAGUGAGAUUUUUUAUAUAUACACACACGAUAGAUUAUUUUUAUUAAUUUUCUUUGUAGAAUAUAACUUUGGAGUAGUGAUUAAAAGUUUGGUUGAAGGAGUACCAUCAAGUUAUCUUUUUUGAUUAUCCAUUUUUAUAUUAUUUUAAACUAUAAAAGUUAUAUUCUUUUGUUACAUAUGGAGAACAGUAACAAGCUCUUUUAAGAAUUGUAAAAAGUAAAAUUUUACAUAUUUCAAAAUAAAUAUUGGCGAAACUUUUAUUUACAAA